AUGCGGGCGAGCCUGAGCCCCGCCCUGCGGGCAGCGCCACGCCCGCGCCCGCCCUACCGCGCGUCUGUGCUGACAUGCCGCGCGGAGCUCGUCCGGCCCCCGCCCAGACGUCCCACCCAGGACAGCGACAGCGGCGGGCGGGGCGACGGCGGCCGCGGCAGAGGCGGCGGCAGGGGCGGCGGCGGCAGGGGCAGGGCGCCCGAGGGUGGUAGACGGAUGAGCCUCGACGAGGCGCGCGGGUGGCUGAACGAGCUGUUCGCCGACCCUCGCCUGAAGCUCACAAACGCUGCCGGCAAGGACCCUUCCUGCGGACUGCCGCUCCCGCCGCUGCGCCCGGGCGCCGCGGGCCGCGAGAUCCCGCUGCUGGUCAACCGCUUCCCAGUCCAGACCGGCAACGCGGAGGUGCUGCAGUACCUCGUCACCUUCCCAGACCGGCAAGCGCAGUCCGGCGGCGGCGGCAGCAGCGGUGCAGCCAAAGGCGCGGGCGCGGAGGCCGAGAGGGGGCGGCCGCAGAUCGGCCUGGAUGAGAGGCGGCCGCCCCCCGCGGGGCUUGGUGGAGCGGCUCGCGCGGCAGCAGGGGUGGCAGCCAGACUCCUGGGCGUUUGA